AUGUCAGGAAAAAUGAUGCGGUGGUUUUACUGCGUUCUUACUCUCUCCGUCACGCUGCUGCCGCUCUUGGCGCACGGUGAGGUGUCGUGGGGGAUGUACGGUUCGAGGAUGUCGUCUAUUGGAUUUGGCAGAAUUACUGCGGUCACCGCGGGCGCCGCUGUGGAAACGAGGGGAAAUUUCACGCUGCGAGAAGAACCACAGCCGUCACCAUGGAAGAAGAAGAAAGGUGUGGUGAUAGAAAGGAUCGGGGAGGCGGAGGAGUACAGUUAUCAUAUCCCUAACAAAAACGGUGUGAUCUCCGUCACGGUGGAGGCGGGUAGCAGACAUCUGCUGGAGUUUACCGGCGAGGCGGACAACAUGAUCAACAUCGUGGCACAACUCUUGGACAGUCGUUACGAUGAGAACAUCCAGCCGUCCAACUGUCUUGGCCUUUACAUCAAUGUGGAAAUACGUGUGAAGGACGAGAAUGAUGAGGGCGGGAAGUCGAGUGACGUGUGGAGCAGUGAAUCUGGUAGCAAGUCGUCGAGACGUAAACCUGUAAGUCCAUGGUCUUCAUUUUGGAACGCCAUUGCGACCAUCCUUGACAGCAGUGCCUUCUGCGAAAUCCUACCAACGGUAAUGAUGCGUGUUGCGCCGACCCCGGUUCCAACAGUGUAUCAGUUUAUUAUCAGCGCCCGCCAUGGGUAUGCGGCGCCGGCCAGCAAUUACAAAUGUCAGAUGCGUGUGUUCAUUGAGCAGGACCCUUCUGAGGAGAUGACUCGGAUGCAAAAUGUGUUUGCGCUUGGCUUGCCACUUGCCUUUCUUUUGUUGACAGCACCGUUUAUUCUGUGGCGCAUUGAUCUGCUUCCUGGCUAUCUCGUCGAUAUUGACGUUGUCAACUGGCUAUGGUACAUGCCGUACCUCCUGCGGGACACUUUCGUCAACGUGGCUGUGGGCUGUGGCACGACUAUAUGGGGACUUUACAAGGAACGACGAUCCAGGGAACAUCAACGUCGUUUGGAAGAACAGCACCGCCGCCUUACGGAGGAGGCACAGAGUUUGCCAAGUAUGCACGAAGAACCCACACCGUUUCCAUCGUUUCAACCGCAGCCGCAGCCAGGGACAUUUGCGGCUGCCGAUGUGGGAUUUAUGCCCGCCGGCAGGAACAACAGCAAUAAUAGUAAUAAUAAUAGUAAUAAUAAUAAUAAUAUUCACGACAACAGCAAUGGUAAUAACCCGACCAACGAUUGUAGCAGCGGGGGCAGCAGCGGUUGUUGUGAAAAGGAGCGGCGCGACUCAACUGUUGUUCAUAUCCUACCGCCACCACCACCCCAUCCGGGAACAACAUCGACAUCCCCUGCAGCUGCAGCAGAAACAGUGGAAGCCUUAGCGGAAGCAAGAGGAGAGGAAGUUGAUGUCAUCACGAGGAAGAAACAGAAUAAGGAGGAAAGGCAAAAACUUUUGAAUAACCGUGAGGAGUUUGGGGUCAAGCCCCAAUCAAGCGUGUCGUCAUCGCCUACGCGCGUCUUAAUUGCAGCGUCUCAUCUGCAUUACCGGCAUGGCAACAAGGAUAAAAACGCUUCUGCCGCAUCGGGCCCACGUGAGCUGUUGGAGACGUCAGCGCCAUGUGUAGUACAUGUGCAUACUUCUGCCGUUGAAAUGCAGGAAGGAGGGAUUGACGAGCUGGCAGAAGGCGGCAAUACUAGAUACCGAAAGAAUCCUUCUAGUGAAAGUCGUGCCUUUUUGUACAAGGAGGAAGAGCAGGAGGAAGAGGAGAACGUCUGUCGCAUUUGCCGUGACGGAGAGGAGGAAGAGAAGCUUGUGUCUGCGUGCGAGUGUACAGGCUCCGUUCGGUGGGUCCACCGCACAUGUCUGGACCGCUGGCGUAUGGAAAGUGCAAAACGUAACAUGCGUAAUGUAAAUCGAUGCGAAAUCUGUAAGAAGCCCUUUAACAUAUCCAUCCGGCGGCGCACACUUCUGUGGCAGAGUUCACGUCACCUUGUUCUUGGAGUCACACUUGCGCUCUCUUCCGUAGUCUUCUUCUUUGCUCUCACGGUGUUCCUUCGCAAGACGCUGGGGACGAUCUCCUGCAGAGCCCCAUGGCGCAGCGUUUCCUACACGACGAUGUUUAACCUGGAUGGCAUCAUGCUUACCUUGUUUGGUUACUUUAUGCUUGUCCUUUUGGCAACCUUUGCCUUUGCUCUUGUGUACAGCCGUUGGCACACACGCGAGGAAAUUGAGGCGCAUGUACAAGAAUUUCAAGCCCUUCCAGAGUUUUGGACGUUUCGAAAUACGACGAAGGUUGUGGCGGUAUAUGUAAUAGGUAUUGGGCAGGCCCUUUGCCUUGGUUACCUAAUGAAAUUGUGGAUAUAUCGUACCAGCAAUGUGGUAUGGAACUGGGAAGCUUCCCCUUCUAUUGGUGCGGUAUUGUACAUGACAUUCCUUACUCUCGGCAUGAGUACCGUUCGUGCUGGACGUGAAUUUUUUUAUAACCAAACUUUAUCUAAUGCAUCAGAUAUUGUAGUAGUGGAUCAAAGACAAGAACAAGAACAACAAAAUGAAGAAGAAAGAGCAGAAGGCAAUGUAGGCUCUCAAGACCAAACGCCACCCACCAUUGAAGGGUCAUACGAAACUUCACAAGUGGUUGCUGUACCACCACAUCUACGCCCAAUCCGUGCGAUGGAAUACUGUCCGAGACGUCCUGUUGGUCGAACAUAG